CCGUCCCGAUACCUGGAUAUCGGGCCCGGCACUGGGAAGGAUGGCCGACAAAGUCACGUCGCGAGAGUGGUUACAGCCUCGCCGGGCGAGCGGGGGAGCUAUGCGUGUCUGAGCCACUGCUGGGGCGGCAGCAAGCACGUCUGCACACUGAACCGCGAGACCGAGGACCGGUUCUCGGCCGGGAUACCCGCCGACCUCCUUCCGCCCGUGUUUGUGAGCGCUAUUGCAGCUUGCAGGCGCCUUGGCAUCUCGCGCAUCUGGAUCGACUCGCUCUGCAUCCUUCAGGACAGCGUCGAGGACUGGCAGCGCGAGUCACCGAAGAUGGGCCAGUACUACUCGCAAUGCAAGAUCUGCAUUGCCGCCACCAGCUCGGCCAGCUCCAACGCUGGGUUCGAGCUGGAUGCCACCCGGCCAUCGGCGGCCCAAAAAACGGACACAACAAUACGCGAUUUUCCUCUCUUGACACGCGGUUGGGUCUUACAGGAGCGCUGGCUGGCCCCUCGCGUGUUGCAUUUCGGGAAGCAGGAGGUGGUCUUCGAGUGUGCCGAGACAACCGCAUGCGAGUGCGGCGGAGCUGCGAAAGACCUCAUAGAGCAAAUUGGCCUCGGUGCUGGGUUUGCGGCGAUCCGGUCGACGACCACGGCCCGCCACGGACUCCUUCGCAGACGGACACAUCUCGAGCAUCUCCCGUGGGAUGAGCUCGUCCCCAUGUACAGUGCCCUGGCCCUAACCGUCCCAACGGAUCGCUUGACUGCCGUUUCUGGGAUGGCGGCGGCUGUAUACGCUAAGUUCGCGGCCAAUACUGGCGGCCCUGUGGUCUCGGGUGUCUCCUAUCUAGCUGGGCUGUGGCGCCACACACUGCCUAGAGAUAUGGCCUGGUUCGUAGGGGAGACGUUGCUGAGAAACAAGGCGAACGAGCAGCGACUAGAAGUGACAGGAAGCGGGAGCUCGGGAUCCCGCAAGCCCCGGCCCGAGCAAUAUGUGGCCCCUACAUGGUCCUGGGCGUCGGUGCUAGAUGCAGUACGCUAU